AUGCAUACCUUUCUUGCCAUAGACCUCAUAGCUGACAAACUCCUAAAAGCCAUAGACUCAAUACGUUCAUUGGAAAACGAGCAUUCGUGGCUCAACAGUCAGGACUCGAGUAUCUGUUGGGCACUCCGGAUGGAAAAGUUAGUUUUGGAAUCUUUGGAACGACGCUUGAGGAUGAGCUCCUUGAAUGGGCAGACGGAUGCGGCAAGGGAAUAUUUGGAAUCAGGCGGGAGGAUAUUGCUAACCAAAGCGCACACGCGGAUAGAGCGAGACGGUUGUACGACUACUCCUCCACCCGGUUUGUCCCACCAGUCCCGGUUGUACCUAGAUUGGACCAGUGUUACCCCGGAGCGCACUUACCACAUCAUCACCCGUCGGCCUUCACCCAUCCCGCCGGGGGGGAAAUAUAUUUCCACCGCCCCAACCAGCCCAGCCGGUCACCAGUUGAACCUCUCCCCCCCCCAUUCCACUUUGUCGAGCCCAAAACCACCACCAUCCCAAUCACCUCCACCUCGACCGGUACAAAACGCCCAAACCUGUCACCUGACGAACCAACGAGGCACUUGGCGCGGCCAUCAAGAGACAAUACUCCAGAUCCCCGCUGUAAGAACUCCAUCAAAGCGUCAAUCUUGCACGUCAAGGAGUCAGAAAGGCAGUCCGCCUGGCGCAACGCGCAGGCCUGAGACUGGCUCUCCCUCCAAUCCAAUAAACGUAGAUGACAAUGCAGCCAUGAUUGAUCAGUUGUACGCAGGAAUGUACAAUCUAGGAGACGACGAUCCAACCACCCCCCAAUCUGACACCUCAUCCAACACCCGACAAAAAUACCAUGAAGGCAUUUGUAACAACGCUCCAUACUACCAAAUCUGCGGUUGGAGCAAUCAUUGCACAUACUAUUGUGAAGCCUACUAUUGCCCCGACUGUGACUGUUGUGCACCAGGACAUAGUUUCAACUGGUGCCCCAUCCGUAGGGAAGACGAGGAUAGGAUUCUGAUGGAAGGAUUACAUGGAGACGUCAGCUACGACGUGUAA